AUGUCUUUGGAAAUACCUAUCAGUGCCGGCCUGGCUAAUGUCUUCAAAUUCAUAUUAAUAAACUGGGGGUUGCUGCCCGUUGUUGAGGGAACUUUUGCUUUCUUGAACCGCAGGUGGGCCGCAUACGCAGUGAUGCAAGGUGGCUCUGUAUAUUGGAAAGAAUGCAGAGCUGGGGCUCUGUAUUUGCACUCCAAGUACUUCAGCAGGAAAAGUUGGUUUCUCGUUCUGCUAGUAUCACUCGUUGCAAACGCGCUCGUGUUUGUCAUGGAAUACGGUGUUACUUUCGGUGAAGCUCACAAGUCUAAAUUGGGGCAAGUACUGAGGAGCAGGGACCCCAAUGGGUAG